CAAAAUCUUGAAACUUUCAAAAUCUUUCUCUAUUUCCCUAAAAAGACAUGGAAACUUCACAAAACACCAAUCUCCAAAACCCUAAACCCUCAGACCCGUAUGAUCUUCCCGUCAAUGCCGAAAAAACCUACUCCACCGCCACCACAACCACCACAGAAGACCAACGUAAACGAUCAAUAGAGCUUUUUGAGUUCCUGACUUCAACUUCCAACGACUGUUCUCCGGCAGAAAACAUAAUAUUCGGAGGCAAAAUCAUCCCCUUAAAUUACCAAAAUGCCAUUCUUUCCUCUCCCGAGUACAUCCGCCCUCGCAUAAGCACUAGAUCCGAGUCCUUAUCCGCUAUACAAGGCAACAAGCUCAUCCAUCCCGUGGCACGUGACAAUGCAAGACCCAUAAGGAUAAGCCGUUCUUUAGAUCAUCGCAACCUCACACGUGGAGAUGCUUCUCCGACAAGGAGUAAGACAAAGCCUGAAACGGUCUCAUCUGGAAAUAAAAAAAGUAUUAAACCGAGAUGGUACGUGAUUAUGUUUGGAAUGGUUAAGUUCACACCGGAGACUGAACUGAGGAAUAUAAAGAGCCGUCAGGUUCGCCGGAGUGUUCCACCGGUUAUGUUCCCGUCUCCUGCUGACCGGAGACCUCGUAGGACUCGAGGGUCAUCAUCACCGUCUCCUUCUUGGAGGUUGCUCAACGCCUUGAGUUGCAAGGAGCCCACAAGUGUCGCUGCCACGGCACCACUUUGGUUUCCACAUGCUUAAUUUACUAUAUUUAACCUUAAGAACCAUUGUGUGUGGCUACGUACUCGCUUUGCCGUCGACUGAGAGGGAGAUAAUCGUCGUUUAGUAUAAGAUAAAUGGAUAUUGUAAUUUAUUUUGUGAAAGAAUGUCGAUAUUGUAUUUCUUUUUUGGGGUAAAAGUCGAUAUUGUAAUCUAUUAUUAGGUGUUUUGCCCGCACAUGCGGACUUAAUUAUCUUUAAAUCAAUUUAA